AUGGGAAAUACGGAGAGUAAUGUAACGAGUGGUGUUAAAAAACAGACCGACACUUCCUCUAUAUUGCUGUACAAACUGGUCGACCUGAAAGGCGGUGGACUGCUCGUUGACAUGAUGAAGAGGGCAACGCAAACAAAACAGUACGCCGAACUGGAUCACGCGAUAAGGACCAAGGUUGAGCCAUUUCUUUACAAUAAAGGAAAAGGGAAAUGGAUUCCAAUUUCCAAGCUCGUUUUGUUGAGGAAUAAGGAGCGGCCCCGGCAUAAAAUGCUCCCGGUGCUCAAAGCCAUGGAGAAUCCUGCCGAUUACGAUGUCGACGUCGACAUGAAGGACGAGGUGAUCGACGAGACGAAAAUCGAUAAAAGCAAACACAGACUGGUCUGUUGGAAUUUGAGUGAUCGUGGGGCAGUUGGUGAAACGAUUCUGCAUCUGUGCAUGCUCAACGCUACCGCACUCCACGCCGAUCUGGCUAAACGACUAUUACGCUUCUAUCCGAACCUUAUUAAUGAUGUUUAUCUCAGUGAUGAAUAUUACGGGGAAAAUGUACUGCAUAUAGCAAUUGUUAACGAGGACCCAGCGAUGGUGAAAUAUCUGUUGGAUAGUGGAGCGGAUGUGCACGAACGUUGUUUCGGAAAUUUUAUGUGUCCGGAGGACCAAAAGGCCUCGAGGACAGACAGCCUCGACCAUGAGUGGCCCUCUGUCACUCCUGAAACCAAUUAUGAUGGAUAUGUUUACUGGGGUGAAUAUCCGUUGAGUUUUGCCGCUUGUCUGGGUCAAGAGGAGUGCUACCGUCUGGUACUGGCCAGAGGUGCUGAUCCCGACAAACAAGAUACUAAUGGUAACACCGUACUGCACAUGCUUGUGAUUUAUUCCAAAGUGACCACUUUCGAUAUGGCGUAUGAGGUCGGCGCUUCCCUGUCGAUUCGGAACAAUCAGCACUUGACACCUCUAACACUUUCGGCUCGAUUAGCCAGAAUCGAAAUGUUCUUUCAUAUUAUGAAUAUUGAGAGGGAAAUUUAUUGGCAGAUUGGGAGCAUCACUUGUGCUGCAUAUCCUUUGUCACAGUUUGAUACAAUUGAUGUUAAUAAUGGGACCAUCAAUAAUACUUCAGCCCUGAAUUUAGUGGUUUUUGGGGAGACAGAGGAGCAUCUGGAACUCAUGGACGGCGUUCUCAUUGAUUUGUUGAACGCAAAAUGGAAUACUUUUAUCAAAUCGAGAUUCUAUCAACAAUUUUUUCUCUUCUGUUUCUACUUCGUCUUAUCUCUGAUAAGUUUCGUCCUUCGUCCGGGUCCUUCCCCAACCGACUCAUCUGGCAAUUCCACAAAACCCACUUCAAGCUCUGAUAUGAGCUCGAGUCGAGCCCCUGCCCCGACGUCUACCAGUGCCAAUGGCACAACUAAGAGCCACGAAUUUGGUCAACUCUCUAGGGUUAUUCGCCAGUUAGCAACUACCUUGGCCAAUAAUUUCAUGGCGAGUAUGAAUGCAACACCCGCCAGUGUCGAGAAUUUUAUCUCGAGAAUUUCAGAUAACAUCACGUUAACGCUCAAGGAUGCUCUUAAUUUCGAUCUUGUUGAUAAUUCUGGGCUGAUGGCGGGUGAGGGGAGGAGGAAUGAGAGCGUUUAUGGACAGGUGACACCUUCCGCUUUUAUUAUGGAUUCCGCACUUGAUGAAGAAUGGUGGGAAGAUUUGACAGAGGUAUGCAGAUUAAUGCAACUCGACUCGUCAACCGCAAAAAUAAGACUAACAGCGGAGAUUUUCAUGGAGUUCGGUGCGAUACUCUACAUCCUCGCGGCCCUCCGAGAGGCCCGAUUCCUCGGACUCAACAUGUUCAUCGAGAACCUCAUGACAGCUCCAUCGCGCGUCAUGUUCCUCUUCUCUUGUUGCAUUCUAAUGUCAUUUCCCUUCUUGCGUCUUGCAUGCGCGGACAAAGUGGAGGACAUGCUAGCGGUUGUUGUUAUGCUGACGACAGCACCGUACUUUCUAUUUUUCUGCCGGGGAUUCAAGACAGUGGGGCCUUUCGUCGUUAUGAUUUACAGGAUGAUCAUGGGAGAUUUGCUACGAUUUGUGACGAUUUAUCUCGUUUUCGUUAUGGGCUUCUCGCAAGCCUACUACAUAAUUUUUUUAUCCUUCGAUAAUCCCCAAACACCCGAAGGGGUGGACGACACAACGAGCAAUCCCAUGCCGUCACCGAUGGAGAGCAUAAUGGCAAUGUUUCUCAUGAGCAUGACGAAUUUCGGUGACUACUACGGGGCAUUCGAGAGAACCGAGCACGAGAUAGAGGCCAAGUGUCUCUUUGUCGUGUACAUGGCCAUAGUGGCUAUACUACUGGUUAAUAUGUUGAUCGCCAUGAUGGGUAAUACCUAUCAAAAAAUUGCGGAGACGCGAAAUGAGUGGCAGCGACAAUGGGCGAGGAUCGUUCUAGUUGUUGAGAGAGGUGUAGCCCCUGCGGAGAGACUCAAGAAACUCAUGGAUUAUUCACAACCCAUGUCCGAUGGACGGAGGGCACUUGUGCUUCGAUUACAUCAAUCCGUAAUUGCAUUAUUCUUUCGUUCUCGGUAGACCAGUCAAGAUAAUAAUUGGGAUUUUAAUUGUACUCCAGGAGGAGGACAAAGAGGACAUGAAGGAGAUUUUGGAGAUGAAGAGGACUCAUGAGAGACUCUACAAGAAGCGAAUGGCUCGGG